AUGGCUACAACGGCCUCUGGUGUCAUAUUAUUCCUUCUACUGGCUACCCCAGUCUAUUUCAUUUCGUUGGUCAUAUAUCGCCUGUAUUUUCACCCCUUGGCGAAAAUCCCAGGGCCCAAGUUGGCCGCGGCGACCAGUUGGUACGAGUUCUACUACGAUGUAGUCGGCCGAGGGGCAUUUUGCUGGGAAAUCAAGCGGAUGCAUGAUGAAUACGGUCCCAUUGUUCGAAUCAACCCAAGCGAAGUCCACAUCCUCGACACAAGCUUCUACGACGAGAUAUAUGCGCCGGCCUCGAAAAAGCGCGACAAGUACGCAGACUAUGUCGUCUUCCUCGGCGUGCCAACCGGUGCCUUUGCGACCUGCCCCCAUGACCACCACCGUAUCCGCCGCAAAGCGUUAAACGUGUCCUUUUCCAAAAAGGCCAUUUACGAAAUUGAAGAUUUGAUCCAGAGCAAAGUGCAUCUUCUCUGCGACCGCUUCAGGGACAUCGCCCGCAGGAACAAGGUUGUGCGCCUCGACGCUGCAUUUUUCGCACUUGCCAACGACAUCAUUACCGAGUACAGCUUCGGCGAGGGCUACGACUGCCUGAGCAAGAAUGACUUCCAGGAGAGCUUCAAGGGCGUGCUUUUAACGGCCGUCGAGGCCGGUGCGUUUAUCCGACAGUUCCCAUGGGUCGUGGGCAUAAUCAAGUCCAUGCCCGUCCUCGUGCUGCGCCGAAUCAGCGGCGCGUUUGCCAGUCUCUUGCAAUGGGAGGCCAUUGUCAACAAGAGGGUCGAGACGUUGGUCGCGGCGGCGAGGGCGGGCAAGCCGGUUGCCGACAAGUCCGUCUUCUCGACGCUGUUGAGCGGCGACCUGCCGCCCGAGGAAAAGUCGUUUCAGCGCCUGAGCGACGAGGGCAAGUCGCUCAUGGGCGCGGGGAGCGAGACAACCUCGUGGACUCUGACGUUGCUCAUGUGGUAUGUGAUGCGGGAUGCCCGCGUCCUUGCCAAGUUGAGGGAGGACCUGAGGGACAUGCCCGACGGCGCGGCCGAGUCGUCGCUGCUGAAAUGGCUGGAGCGGCGGCGAUAUCUGAGCGCCGUGGUUACUGAGGCGUUGCGGUUCGACCACGGUGCCAUUGGUCGUUUGCCGCGAAUUGCAAAUGAGCCGCUGCAGUAUAGGGACCAUGUCAUACCGGCCGGGACGCCGUUGAGCUCAACCAACUACUGGGUUCACAUGGACGAGACCAUUUUCCCAAACCCGGCCACGUUCUCUCCCGAGAGGUGGCUCGAGGCCGAGAGGGAGGGAGUCCCUCUCCAGAAGUACAUGGUGUCCUUUUCAAAGGGCAGCCGCCAAUGCGUUGGCCAAAAGUGA